UCCUCAGAGGGUUGUGGCUGUCCCGGGACACUGGUGCUUGGCUGUAGCCCGGUUGCGGCUAACCAUAACCGAGGCUAACCUUCCAGGAAAGCUUCCUCACUGGCGAAAGGGCGAUUUCAACGACGUUUUCCUGCUGCAACCUCGGUAUUGGAGCAGCAGCCUCCCCGUUAGGAGGAGGUUUCUGUAGUCACUGGGGUGGUGGAGGUAUGACUGCGUUGGCGGGGUCAAUACCCAGGAUGAUGCGACCCACGCUGGCCCAGAACUACCCCCGCAGUGGCUUCCCUCUGGAAGUUUCUACCCCGUUGGGUCAAGGCCGAGUGAACCAGCUCGGAGGGGUUUUCAUAAACGGCAGACCUUUGCCCAAUCAUAUCCGACAUAAAAUCGUGGAGAUGGCCCACCACGGCAUUCGGCCGUGUGUCAUCUCCCGACAGCUCCGGGUCUCCCACGGCUGCGUGUCCAAAAUCCUGUGCCGGUACCAGGAGACGGGCUCCAUCAGACCCGGGGCCAUCGGUGGCAGCAAACCCAAGGGAACAACGCCGGACGUAGAGAAGAGAAUAGAAGAAUACAAGCGGGAAAACCCCGGUAUGUUUAGCUGGGAGAUUCGGGAUAAAUUACUGAAGGAUGGGAUAUGUGACCGCAACAACGUUCCUUCAGUGAGCUCCAUCAGUCGCACCAUGCGGAGUAAGUUCGGGGGAAAAGGCGACGAUGAGGACGAUGAAGAGGAAAUCGAGAAGAAGGAGUUGGAGGAAAACGACCGGAGGGCCAAACACAGCAUUGAAGGCAUCUUAGGAGACAGAUCAAGUCACUCAGACGAGGGUUCAGAGGUGGAGUCAGAGCCUGAUCUGCCACUUAAGAGGAAGCAGCGGCGUAGUCGGACCACCUUCACGGCAGAGCAGCUGGAGGAGCUGGAGAGGGCCUUCGAGAGGACUCAUUACCCUGACAUCUACACCAGGGAGGAGCUCGCUCAGAGGGCCAAACUCACCGAGGCCAGGGUUCAGGUUUGGUUCAGCAACAGGCGGGCAAGGUGGAGGAAGCAAGCAGGAGCCAAUCAACUAAUGGCAUUUAAUCACCUGAUCCCAGGGGGUUUCCCACCUUCCGCCAUGUCCAGCAUCCCCCCCUACCAGCUCUCUGACAGCAGCUACCCCCCUCCAUCUAUAGCACAAGUGUCAGAGCCCCCCAGCACGGUGCAUCGGCCCCAGCCUCUCCCGCCCUCCUCGGGCCACCAAGCCUCCGGUGGUGGAGGGCAGGGUGACGGAGGCUCUGCAUACUGCCUCGCCUCCGGACGCCACUCCUUCUCAGGCUACUCAGACAGCUUUGUGAGCCCUGGAGGACCCGGUAAUCCCAUAGGAAACGGACUAUCUCCACAGGUGAUGGGUCUGCUGAACCCGGGCGGUGUGCCACAUCAGCCCCAAAGCGACUACGCCAUCUCCCCUCUGACGGGCGGCCUCGAGCCCCCUGCUGGCAUGGCCGCCAGCUGCAGCCAGCGCAUGGAUCACAUCAAGGGCCUGGAGGGUCUCACCAGCGUUCCCUCCAUGUCGGCUCUGCCCUCCCUUCCCAGCUCCCAGUCCUACUGUACCCCCUCCUACAGCUCACCGGGCUACACCGUGGACCACGUGGCGUCCUACCAGUACGGCCAGUACGGACAAAGCGCCCUUCCUUAUCUGAGGCCUGAAAUCACCUGAUCAUGAGCUUCGGACUUCACAGAGGGACAUUUGUGUGUACAGCGACGGAAAUCUUUUAAUAUCUGGGCCAAAAGUUUGCUCCAAUUUACCAGGACACAUUCUCUAUUGCGGGACAUUAUAUUAUUCAUUCUUGGUGGAGAAAUGGACAAAAAAAAGAAGGGACCACAUAAAGGAAUAUCUGACCAAAAACUGUUGGCUGAACAUUGCUGCAUCAGUAUUGUAGAUGAACAGCAGAUAUGUCAGCACUUAACGUGGUUGGCUCAGUGGAGUUCUGACCAUCAACGGUGCCAUGAAGAGGCACUUUCCACAGGCAAAUCCAGUGACACACACACCAUUCGUGGACUCUGCCUGGGGAGUCUUUGUGAGGACAGCAAACCCAAAUCUAUCCUCAGAGACUACCAGCCUUUGAGCCGAUGCUUAAAGGAGCAUGUUUACAUAUCUUAGGGCCACAUGAGUACGUAUGAAAUUCCAUGUAUCUCCAAAUUAAUCCCCAAAUUGUAUCUGCUGAAAGGGGGAAAAGAAAAGGGCUUUGUUGAUCCUAUUGCAUUUAUUUGAGAACUCUGCAUCCCACACAUGGAGAGAAAUUCCAGAGACAGAGAAAACAAACGUGAGCAAACGAAUCUGUGGGUUUUAUUGUAUCAGAAACUCUAAUGUACACCACAGCUGUACUGCAGAGAAAGUUCAU